UCUCUGUUGCAUUAUCUGCAGUGUCUGUUUCCAAUUAGAAUUCCGUGUCAAUAUGGCCAGGUGUUUCGCGCUUAUUUUGCUGAUUUCGGCUGUAACCAGCGCAAUUGACCUUGAGAAUACCCAGUACCUCAUCACCACGCCUUAUCAUUAUUAUAUUGACCAGAAUGAAACAAUCAACGUUCAAAUUUUUGGAACAAAACCUUGCGCAGUGAAUGUUACACUUAAAUCCAGAUAUAAUUCUCGGCUUGUCACCUCAGCGAAUGGCACCUUUGAGCCAGGAGAACGGGGAAAUCUACCAAUUUAUAUUCCAGGAAACGUUGUAACAGGUCGUCGCACAUACUAUGGAACAAAUCUAAAACUUCAAGCAAAUGUUUGUGGUAAAAAUUCGGAUGAAGUUGACGUGUUUGUUUCAGGGAGGAGAUACGACCAUAUUGUUUACAUACAAACUGAUAAGCCAAUCUAUAAUCCAGGACAAAAAGUUCGCAUGAGAAUCAUCGUACUUGACAGAAAAUUAAAACCAAAAGAAGGAAAGAUCGACAGCGUUCGUGUGAGCGUCUCAGCUUCGAGGAUUAACCAGUGGGAUAAUGUCGAACUUCAGGACGGUUUUGAAAACCUUGAACUACAGUUAUCCAAGGAGCCUGUUUUGGGACAAUAUGACAUCACAGUGAUUGUUGGUAAAAAAAGAACAACACAAAGAUUUGAAGUUUCUAAAUAUGUUUUACCAAAAUACGAAAUAAGUAUCAAACUUCCACCAUAUAUGGCUUUAGACCAGAAAGAAUUUACAACUACAAUUUGCGCUAAGUAUACUUACGGGAAAAACGUAAAAGGAAUGUUAAAUGCUUUGCUGUGUUUGAAGCACUCACCUUUUGAUUAUUGGCGGAAGAAUGAAAGAAGAUUUAGUUUUAUAAGAUGCGAAAACGUUACAAAGGAGAUUGAUGGUUGCACAGAUAUUACAGUGUCACGAGAGACUUUAAAUAUCGGGGAAAUAACUUAUAUUCACGGAGCGGAUUUUGUUGUCGAUGGUCAAGUUACUGAAACCUUAACAGGGGUCACAUUAAAAAAGAAAGCUGUAACAUAUAACUUUAGGAAACGCUCAAUUCAACUGUCAUUUCAUGGAACUUCAAGAAAAUUUAAACCAGGUUUACCAUUCUCAUAUGGGCUUAAAGUUACACAUCCUGAUAACUCGCCGGCAACGGGGGUCAAAGUUCGUGUCACAAUUGCUCGCGGCCGGAACACAGGAGCUCAAUUUUAUAACAAAACGUUUGUCGUGAAAAAUGGCUUGAUCACAGAUUCCAUCAAUCACGAAACUUACAAUGCCCGAAAUUUGGUUUUCGAGGCACAACUUCUGGGCCAAAAUCCUUAUCCAGUGAAAGUUGGAAACAAUUACUACUACAGUUUUACAAGAGCGUCGUUUUUCGCCAAACCCUGGUAUUCUCCAAGCUUCAGUUACCUCACGAUACUUCAGAAGAACACUCCAGCUAUGAUUGGCAGCGAGGCUUCUCUGACAGUACGAUACACAGCUCGUAACGACACUGGCAAUAAAGUCGAUUUUCAUUACACUGUAAUCUGUAAGGGCAAAUUUGUGAAAACUGGAAAACAUACAAAGCAUCAUGAUUUCAUCCCUGUCGAGAAACCAACUACCACAGCUAAGACAACCAGAGCGGCAACCAAUAUCGCGGACAACAACGGUACAUUUCCAUCCGUUGUGACACCCACGCAUGACCCAAUUAAAAAAUUGAAUACAAUACCACUCGUUAAGAAAUUUGAUAUCGAAUUCCCAGUGACAAUGGAAAUGGUGCCUUCGUGUCAGGUAAUGGUGUAUUACGUGAGAAAAGACAAGGAAGUUGUUGCUGAUAGUGUGGAGUUUGAUGUAGAAGAUAGACUAGAAAACCAGGUGUCGGUGAGCUUUGUGGAGAAGGAACUGAAGCCGGGAGAAAAAACGAAGCUGAUAUUGAAAGCUUCGCCCGGAUCACGCGUGGCGUUUGUGGCCGUGGACAAGAGCAUUCACAUUUUGAAAUCUGGGAACGAGUUUACAAAGGGUAAGAUCCGUCCAUACCUUUGGGAGCAUCGAAGGGCAACAUGGACUUCUAACCCAAAGUGUAGCCAUUCGGGAUACUCGUGGAGAAGAGAAUACGACGACGCCUCGGUGGCCUUUGAUGUAACUGGUCUCGUUUUCCUCUCGAAUCUUCGUAUUGUUACAAGACCAUGUCCAAAACCGGAUUAUCGUAUGGGACCCUCUACGGAAGCUCCAGAAGUCGUUACGGAAGCUCCAGAAAGCGAAUAUCGUGAAAGAGAAAUACUGGCAAAACAAAAGCCGUUCAAAAUUCGCAAAGAGUUCCCAGAGACAUGGUUAUGGUCGGAUGAAAAACUCGAUGAAUCAGGCAACAAGACAGUUGAAGUAACUGUGCCAGGUACAAUUACAAGUUGGGUGGCAAAUGCUUUCGCUAUUUCGUCGAAGACAGGUAUCGGAGUUUCAGAAACUUCAACACUCAGAGCUAUUCAACCGUUCUUUGUUUCAAUGACGCUACCAUACUCCGUCAUCCGAGGAGAAGAGAUUCCAGUCAUCGUAACUGUGUUUAAUUAUCUGCCUAGUUGUGCAGCGAUAAAAUUAGAAUUGAAGCGCAAGCAGGCCGACUACAAAGUGACAUCGUAUCAUAUCAACAAACUCUGCGUUUGUGGCAGCGAAGGAAAAUCAGUGAAGUUCACAAUCAUUCCUAUUAACCUCGGACACAUUCCUCUCACGGUCACGGCAACUACGUCAUCGGCCAAACUCUGUUCUAAUAAAACAAUUCCAGUCCACGAUGCCGUUACACGAAAACUACUCGUCGAGGCUGAAGGUAUCAAAAGGGAGUUCACUCAGGGAACAUUCUUCUGUCCAGGAAACAAGAAACACAAGGAAGAGUUUAACCUCAGGGUACCUGCGAAUUACAUACCAGGAUCAAUAUACCCAACAGUGACUAUUAUAGGUGACAUCAUGGGAGCAGCAAUGACGAAUCUAAAGGAUCUAUUGCGCAUGCCCUAUGGCUGUGGUGAACAAAAUAUGGCAAAUUUCGCACCCAAUAUCUACAUCAUGGAUUACUUGACUCAGACGAACCAAGUGACAGAAGGAAUCAAGAGUAAAGCCGAAAACUUUAUGAAAGUUGGUUAUCAAAGAGAAUUGAUUUACAAAAGAAAAAGUGGCUCGUACAGUACGUUUGGCAAUUCUGACAGUCAAGGAAGUAUGAUGUUGACCGCGUUUGUACUUCGAUCAUUUGCUCGAGCGAUGAAAUAUAUUUUUGUUGAUGAUGCCAAAAUUGAACACAGUUUCCGAUGGCUCCGCAGCAAACAAUUGAAUAUUGGAUGUUUCCCACAGUACGGAAAAGUGUUCCAUAGAAGACUACAGGGAGGCGUGAACAGCGAACUUACAAUGACAGCCUAUGUGACCAUAGCCCUUUUGGAAGCUGGAGAAACAACAAAUAGCAUCAUGGUGUCCAAAGCUCUCAAGUGUAUCGUAAAUCGACUUGACACGAUCACUGAUACUUAUUCAACUGCCCUUGUGACGUAUGCCUUGACUUUAGCAAACCAUACUGACGCUCAGAGGAUGCUCAGAAUAUUGAAAAAUAAGGCAACCAAAGAAGAGGGUCAAAUGUACUGGGGAAUUGGAAACAAGCGUACGGAGAGUCUAAGAUAUUACUAUCAGCGAUCAUCAGCCGACGUAGAAACGACAGCAUAUGCCUUGCUUUCAAUUUUACAUCAAACGCCAAAUUAUGAAAGCGUAGUAAAUAAUGAAAUUAUGGACAUUAUUCAUUGGUUAUCAAGACAAAGAAACUCUCAAGGCGGAUUUUAUUCAACACAGGACACUUGUGUUGCUCUACAAGCGUUAGCCGAGUUUGCAGGACGAGCUUAUGGGGAUAGCGCUGAUUUUAGUUCAAGUCAGUUAACGGGAUCUUUGAAGAUGGGUGAUCACUACAACCACAACUUCGUGGUAACAAUAGCGAAUAAACUGAUAUUACAAACUGUUGAGCUUCCUCAGAAGAUCAUUCCCGGUAAAUUGGAAGUAACGGGUCAAGGCGUUGGCUGUGCGUUGGUACAGACGUCAGUUAAGUAUAAUAUCCCUGAACCGGAAGAUGUUCCAGCAUUUGAUAUUAAAGUUGAUGUUCGUACGAGACGUUCAGCCCCUGAUGAAGAAACGACCCAAUGUAGUCCAUUAAAACUGGAAAUAACCACAAAGUGGCUCAAGGAGGUUGUUUCCAACAUGGCUGUGGUGGAUGUUAAACUAGUUACUGGAUUUAGCGUGAGAGAGGAAUCGUUGGAAAGUCUAAGGAAUGAUCCGGUGCUAAACUUCAAACGUUACGAUAUUGAUGGACAGAACGUACAGCUUUAUUUCGAUGAGAUCAGUGAUAUUACUUUCUCCAUUGACAUCCAUCAAGACACACUUGUCAAGAAACUGAAACCUGCUGUUGUCAAAGUCUACGAUUACUAUGAACCAGAAAGCCAAGCUGAAGUGAUGUACAGAAUUGGUGAGACGGAAUGCUAUGGCAACAGAGUUGGUGCGGAGUGCCCAAGAUGUUUGACUUUAGAGAAUCUGGAUGCUAUAAUUGAGUGCAACAGUACCGUGACAAGAAUGAAAUCCGCACGAGGCAUGCUCAGAGUUGUCAAAGCAUUUUCCGAGGAUUCGAAGAAUAAAGGAGAGCGUAUUAUAAAAAAAGAUCUGAAGUAUCGCAUUCCAGAAUUCUGUCCAUGUGAUGAGAUCUACGACAAGGAACGAUCCAUUGUGAUUGGUCGAAACAGUUACUUCCAAGAUGACGGCCGUGAGACUGCGGUCGUGCUGAAUUCGGGGACGACAAUCUAUAAGUAUACUGGAAAGGCGAUGAAGCCUCAAAUAAAAAAGAUAGUAAGACAGCUUGCGGCUUGCAAACGCACAACCCGCAAAAGAAGAAAUUAAAUUAACAACAGGAUAUUGAUAACAAGCUUAAACAAUUAUUGUUCUAUUGUUUUCAAUGCAAAUAUAAUAAUCAAUAUUUUUAUUCCAUAACUAGUGAUGCAGUGUUUGUAAUUACACAAUAAUAAUAUUUAUUAGCGUUUAUUAUUUCCAUCGCGAAAUUUUUGCAUCCUCGCUGUUUGUGGAACGCGAAUUUAACAUGUAAUGCAUCCACAAAAAGUUAAACGCAACACUGUUCGUCGCAUUUUAUUCUCCUCCUGGGGCCAGUUGUUAAGAAGCCGGUUAGCUUAAUCAAAGUUAAUUAAAACAAAUCUCUACAUCAAUUUUUUUAAUCACAUCAAAUUUUUUGAUGCUAUGAAAGAAACAACUUGCGGCUUGCCAACGCACCGCUCGAAAAAGAGGAAAUUAAAGUAACGACAGGAUAUUGAUACCAAUCGUAAACGAUUAUUGUUUUGCAACACGUACCGUUAGUAUAUAUCGCUGUAUCAAUUUGUAAUGUUUUAUUUCUAUUGUUCUCAAU